UGGCAACAUGUUCUCAUGGAAAAAACAAAAUCUCUUCCAAUUUAAAUUACAAUUAUAAUUAAUUUUAUUCUAUUCUUUUCCAACAAUCAGUUGUUUAAAUUAAUCAUCAACAAAACGAUGAUGAUUAAAGUUUUUUCCUCAUUUUUUCUCACUCACUCGUUUGCAAGGCUAAUAAGUCGUCGCCUUGAUUAACAUCAGCUCAAUAUAAACAGUAAACAUUUUGUUGUUUGCUAAGGAACAACUCACAUCUUAACAACAGUUUUCUUUUGUGAUUCAUUUUAAUUUAAUUAAAUCAGUUUAAUCAAAUAUGAAACAAAGAAAAACUAUAAGUGAAGAAGUCGUUGACCUUCGAAUGUGGUUUGAUGAGGAAUAUGAUGAUGAUCCUGGAAUUUGUGAACAAGUUGAUUAUAAGAAGGUGAUGAACAAUGAUUGGGCUGUUAAACGAUUCAUUUUGGCAAACGAGAAUGGGCCAGUUAAAGGAUUGGAGAGUUUAAAACAAUUUCUUUCUUGGAAGAAAGAAAAUCGUGUCAACAAAUUUAAUCCAUUGGAAAUACCUCGUGAAAUUUAUAAUCUAUCACCAGUUUUCAAGUUUCUACCUGAUUAUCGAGAAAAUAAUGUCCUCUACAUUCGCGGUAACAUUUUAAUGAAACUAACCGAUUUAACUGAUAUCAUUCGAAAUCUUCUUAUUUACAAUAUUGAUCAGAUUGACAGUUGUAGUGAACGUGUUGCCUCUUGGGGUUUAGUGGUUGAUAUCUCUGGUUCUGAUUAUUCACAGAUCAAUGCAUCCUGGUUACAAGAAGCAAACACAAUCAUCUCAACAUAUUAUCCUCUUGGAUUACGAUACAUGCUGAUUUACGGUGCAUCAAUUAUGGUUAGAAUGUUUGGUCGAAUGAUGACCGGUCUUGGUGGUUUACAAUUUGUUGAUUCGAAAACUAUUCUAGACUUUAUUCCAGCCGCUAAUUUACCCGAUUUCCUUGGUACAAGUAUCUUUUCUAAGCAAAACUAUCGACGAAUCCCCAAGGAUGCAAAGCCCAUGAAAGAGAUGAAACUAAGCCUUGACGAAACUGAAAUUCGAACCAUUUUGGAAAAUUUAAAACCUUACCUUGUCGACGAGUCGAAAUGUACCAUCGUUGACACUUAUUAAAUGCCACAACAUUUUGGACUAAACUACUUUCCCCAUCGCCAUGACCUGUUAAAAUCUUAUAUAUAACCAGAAUAUCUCAAGAAAAGGCCAAUCAAUCGAAUGGUUCUUGGAUCCAAUUACUCCACUAAAUCUUGUUCAAUAUUAACCAUCGAACUGAUUAACUGAAUCCAAAUUCACAUCAAAACGUAACAAGAAGACAACUAAUUAUCAAACUUUAAUGACGAAAAAAAAAUGCCAUCAAUAUCGUCGUGAGCACAAAUCAUAAUCUUAACUCCAACGGUUGUUACAAGGAUUAUCCCUAAUCCAUUUAAUUUCAAUAUCCAAUUAUCUUAACCAAUUAACUAUUUUAACAAAUUUAUUCUUAACCUUUUAUUAACCAAAAACAAAAUCAGUAUUAAUAUUGUAAUCAUAUUAUUAUCUUAAUUGUUACCCACUAAUCAAUACAUACAAUUUGAUUGAACCAUUUAUCCUAAUAUUAUGUAUACAAAAAAACUGCAAUAUAAUAAUAUCCUAUUAAUAUGCAGAAAAAUAUUAACCUUAA